AUGGCUGCCGCUGUCGAUCCCGCUGACGAACGAGCAGCCAAACGACGACGACUCUCUCCGCCUGAACCGGGUCCGUAUGUCCUCCGCAAUGUGUUGGAAGAUAUUCCAUUGGCAACAGAGCAAGGAGUGGAAGAGGUCUCUAUAACAUGUGUAGAAUAUUGGAACAACAACCUGUACAUUGGGACCUCUGCCGCCGAAAUCCUACAUUUGGUCUGUAUCCCUUCUGGUAAGGAGGAGGACACUGCACCGCCGACUUUCAUACUUGCCUCACGGCUGCAGCCGAGCGGGCAUGCUGCUUCUCAGAAUCCUGGCAAUGCGCCCGGCAUCCAGCAGAUACUUCUCAUCCCCGGCCCGCUGAAAGCGUGUGUGCUUUGCAAUGGAGUUGUUUCAUUCUACUCUCUGCCGGAGUUCAGUCCGGCGUUUCCCAACAGGGAGCCCACAGGAGUGCAAUGGAUUGGCGGCAUCGACGAGAACGAGGACUUGGACAACCCUGAAGGGCAGGUGGUCAUGAUCGCGACUGCACGGAAAAUACUACAAGUCAGGGUGGGCGAGCGGUUGAAAGCAAUCCGCAAUAAUAUUGAAUAUCCUGGGUGUCUAAAAUCGAGCAGGCGAGACACAAUUGCUUGUGUGGCCGACAAUACUAGCUAUGCACUGUUGGACGUCGAGCAUCAGCAGAAAAUUCCUCUGUUUCCUAUCUCUUCUGCCGAACCAGACGAAACAAAUACUGCCAGCGAUGCCGGGAUACCCGUACGGUUGCUUCCUACAACGGACCAGAGCGGGCAUGGUCGGAGUACAAGCAUGGGAAAUCUCACCACGCCGGCCUCGAAAGAGCGCGAUGAACUGCCACAGCAUCAACCAGAGGCCGAGUCAGGUGGGGUCGCCAAAGGUUCCGUCCCGCCCCUGUCUCCCGACCCUGGCGUAACGUCCUCUGGCGGGAAUGGGGAGGCAACGGGAGAGACGAGGACACGUCCUCGUGCCUCAACGGACGCACCUCAAGCCAAAGUCUCCACGGAUACUGGUAGCAAAGCUGCUGCAAAACGCCUGAGACCUCACAUACUGUCGCCAUUUCCUACUGAAUUUAUGCUCACAACUGGCACGAGUGAGUCAGAACCUGGUGUGGGUAUGUUUGUGAAUCUAGACGGUGAUGUCGUCCGAGGAACAAUCGAAUUCGAAGCAUAUCCAGAGGAUCUGUUAGUGGACAACUUCUGGGUCCCAGAACACGAAAUUCCCGUGAUGCCGGAGAAUGAAAGUCCCGUCGUUAUUGCAUUGGUUCGCCAGACUGACAGCCCGUCCGGCCGAUUGGAGAUACAGAGAUUGGAAAACGCCUCCGAACUAUUACAUCCAAGAAGUCUUGUUGAAUUGCCCUCUGAAACGGUAGCCAAUGCUCAAGCCGGUCUUCGCCAUACACUGAGCACUCAUCGGCACUACUUCCGUAUGGUUGGGGAUCUUUUGCAGCUUGUGCCCUUGUCCACCACGAAGCCAGCAGUCGAUAAUGAGGACGAAGCUCUCAAAGAUGACGAGCGGACGAGAUCGGCGGUCGAGCAACUGGAGCAAGAACGUGCUUUGUUUGACAGCCAGCCCUUGACUGUGUCUGACGACACGUCGAACGAACUUAUCCAAAAACGUGCUGCCGAUGAGGCAAAGCUGGCAAAGCGACUUGGUCGUGCCUUCAGUAGGAAUCUUGUCUGGCAGGGAAAGGACUUGCUUAUGAUACUCCAGAACCCUUUGAUAUGUCAGCUGGAACAUCGACUUGCACAGUGUCUGGCUGAUGGUAAACCUGCUAAUGUGAAGCCGAGCCAGAUUUUCGGGCUACUGGCAAGUAUCCAUGGCCGUGAGCCACACGACGAGACAGAAUUCCUCACGCUUAACUAUAUCAGACAAAAAGCAAGCUUGAUCCUUUUCCUUCACCUCGAGAGCCAGGUCUCAGCCGGUACAAUCCUUGAGGAGAUGUUUAGAGCGGUUGAAAACGUCCUACAUGAUGGUGGUUUGGAUCCUCGAAUCGUUCUCCUUCUGACCCCACCACUGGCCGCGGAGGUUGUGUAUGGGCCCGAGGGUAUCUGGCUCCAUCAAGGGAUUGAUGAUCUCCUACAAGACUUCCUGCCCUCAAUCCUGCAGUUUGAGACUGCCCCGAUAGAGUUCUGGAUGAUGAUGAGGCACUUUCUCAUGCUGUGGCAGGACAAGCGAGGCUACGGCAGCAUUACAGAUGACAAGCAUGUCUUUGACUCCGUGGAUGCUGGCCUACUUCAUGUGCUUCUUUACCUCGACCGAGUGUUGCCAGCAGACAGUCCAGCACAGCGGUCGGUUCGGGCCAAGUUGAACAAUGUCGUUGACAAUUGGAAGGGCGAUUUUGACCGUGCCAUUCGCCUUCUCGAAGAGCAUGAUCGGCUGUUUGUGCUCAGUCGUCUUUACCAGAGCAGGAAGCAGGCUCGUGAUGUGCUGAGAACAUGGAAAAGAAUACUCGAAGGCGAGAAGGAUGCCGACUACGGUUCAAACACGGAAUACAUUGAGGGUCAGAUGAGACGGUAUCUGACGCUUGUCCGUGAUGCCAACGUCGUGCAGGACUAUGCUUUUUGGCUAGCACAGCGGAAUCCCAGCCUGGCGAUUCAGUUAUUCACCGACGACAAUGCAAGGGUUAAGUUCGACCCCCAACACAUCGUUGCACUUCUGAAGGACCGAGCGCCUGCAGCGGUACAGCAGUACCUAGAGCAUCUGGUCUUCGGAAAGCACCUGGACAAAUAUGCCGAUGAUCUCAUUGGCUACUACCUUGAUUCGGUUCUCACGGUCCUGGAAGGCUCCGAAGAGGCUCGAACAUCGCUUGCUGAGAGCUACUCGACUUAUCGAGCUCUGGAAUCACCGAAGCCCACCUAUCUCGAUUUCAUUCACCAAAAUGCACCUCCAGAGUCAUGGUGGCAGUCUCGCCUGCGACUUCUACAACUCCUUGGGAGUGGUUCCUAUGCAUCAACCGGCGUGGCAAGCAAAGAACUGACUUAUUCGGUCCCUAUGGUUCUUGAACGCAUGGCGCCGUUCUCCUCCUACCUUGUUUCCGAGUCGAUCAUCCUCGAUGCCAGGCAAGGCCGUCACAAGGAAGCACUGCGUCUUUUAACUCACGGGCUGGGUGACUAUGACAGUGCAACACGAUACUGCUACUUUGGCGGACCGGCCCCGGCGUCCGCUCACACAGUCGACGCCAGCGCCCUUCCUCCAAGGGAAGUUCAGCAAGAGCUCUUUGAUUUUUUGCUCCACGAAUUUCUCAUCAUUGAAGACGAGGAAGACCGCCUUGAACGUGCAAGCCAUCUCCUCGGCAAAUUUGCGGCAUUUUUCGACCCCUUGAAAAUCCUGCAAGAUAUCCCUGAAGACUGGAGUGUCGCAACUUUGUCCGAAUUUUUGGUUAGGAGUUUCCGCGCUGCCACGACAGAGAGGAACAAAGCAGUUAUUAUGAAGGCCCUGAGUGCGGCUCAGUAUUUGCAGAAGCAGGUCGAGUUCGCGGAGAUCUGUGAGAAGCUUGGGCCUCAGGUUGACCGAGGACAGGGCGUCGACGGGGAGAUGUCCAUGGCUGUGGACAAACAGAAUUCAUGA